CGUAGUUAAAGCACCACCAUGUGUUCAGCACAGCAGUAAUGAUUCACUGAAUGUUGACUGAGGGUUUCGACAUGUAAAAGCUGUGGAAAACGAGAAGAUUUAUCCUGUAUUUCGUCACAUAAAGAAGAAGUUAAAAUGCCGGGAAGAAAGAAAAAGCCAUUUAUAGAUCGCAAGAGUUCAGUGAGUUUUCAUCUGGUUCAUCGAAGUCAACGAGAUCCUCUGCAGGCAGAUGAAGACAGCUCGAAAUUUGUCCUCUUGCAAAAACAGAAAGCUAAAGAAAAGGAAGAACUUGAGAAGCAGAAAUCGCAGGAGAGGGAGUUUGGAGUGUUCUACGAUGACGAUUAUAAUUACCUUCAGCAUCUGAAGGAUGCGAAUCCAGCAGUUGUGUGGUCUGAGCCCACGCCAUCUUCAACUCAGCAACCACAAGUGCCGGUUAAUGUUCAAGUCCCUCCUCAGGUCUCCAAGCUUGGUCUUCCCUCUGAUGUAUUCCCCUCAGAGACUGAAGAGAAAGUUGGUCUACUCAACAAAGCAGCUCCUGUUUAUGGUCCGAGGCUUGAUCUUGAUCCAGAUCUUGUGGCUGCAAUGGAUGAAGAUUUUGAUUUUGAAGACCCCGACAAUGAGCUGGAAGAUGAUUUCAUUUUGAUUGCUCAGGAUGAGACAGACCACAGUAAACCUUCUGAUGGUAAAGGUGAUGGAAGCGAGUCGGAUGACGAUGAGGACUAUUUAACUGAUGAGUUAGAAGAUAGUGAUGAUGAAGGAAACCCAAACUACGACCAGAAAACGUACCUCUCUGAGGAAACCAAGACGCAAUUCACCAAUUAUUCCAUCACGUCAUCCGUCAUGAGGAGGAACGAUGGAUUGACUCUUCUGGACGACAGGUUUGAAAAGUUAUAUGAGCAGUACGAUGACAUGGAGAUCGGAGCGUUAGAUCACGACGACAUCGACGGACAUCGAGAGGUGGACGCAGAAAAUGAUAUCAUGAAACAAGUUAUGGACGAGUAUAUCGCUUCACAACAGAAGAGUUCCCUUGCUGAUAUCCGAAGGGAAGGCAAGCUAGAGGAUGGAAAGAAACAGUUGGGUGACUACGAUGAGGGUGUUGACGAUGAAAAUGAUGAAGAGGGAGAUGAGAAUGAAGAUCGCGUCAAACUUACCGUCACGGAAACCAAGAAAGACGAACGGUGGGACUGUGAAUCAAUCCUCAGUACCUACUCCACUCUCUACAACCAUCCAACAACGAUUAAAGAGCCUACUAAAAAAAAAUCCGGCAUCCGACUUUCUCAGAAGACGGGGAUGCCUCUCGAUACCCUCCCAAGUCCUGGCCCCACAAAGAAACAGCAGGAGAGGGAGCUGCACGACGAGUUCACACUACCAACCAUCGCUCCUACGAGACCCACAGACAGGAAAGAAACACCCGAGGAAAAGAAACUGAGGAAGCAAGCUGUUAAAGAAGACAGGAGGUAUCGACGGCUUGAGAAGAAGGCUAACAAGCAAGCAUUCAAGGAUGAAGAAAAGAAACAAGGCUUGGCGAUGGUCCACCUCAAGAAGAACAUGCAAGGCAUCAGAAUAGUCUGAAAGAAAUUGUUGAAGGUCUGAGACUUUUGGUUUUCAAACUAAGAAUAAAGGGCACUGGACACAGUUGUUAAUUACUCAAAACAUUUAUCAGCAUACAAAGUAUAACCACCCCAUUUUAAUGAGACAUUGGACACAAUUAACUGAAAGUGCAGCACCUAAAAUUGCAGGACCAAUCCAACAGGCAUCACAUUGUUUAAAAACAUUGUUUACUUUAAAAGGUUCAAAGGACUUGUGUAGCACCUGUUGUAUUUUAGAAACAUCGUGUGCCUGCACAAUUAUUAUCCAUCUUGAUUGACACUUUUGGACUUUCAAUUUUCAGCUUUCAGUUGUCUGUUAUCAAAGUGGGUUGAUAGAACUUUGAAUGAUUGGCAUCAUUAAAGAUCUUUAGGGUAAACAUUGUUAAUUUUUGGCCAGACCUGGAAACUUUCACCCUUAUCAAAAACAGUUUCUUUGUUUUCAAAAAAGAUCUGGUGUGAACUUUUGUGAAAGCAUUUUAGAAAGUCAAAAUGUAAAUAUGUAUUUAUAGAUUAAGGGAGUUGGUCAUAAGUCAGCCAUUUUGGAUUCUAAAUAAGCAAGAUACCAGUCACAGAUGGUACACGUUGCAUGGCAUUUUAGCUGGUGACCAUAUUGUGGUAAGCAGAAUCAUUUUGUGCUGAGCUACUUUUUGUGCAGAUCUAUGAAAGUUGCCUGAGAAUGAAGAUACAAUCGGCAGAUUCGUGGAAGGACGUAAUCCAAAGUAACCAGGAAAGGGCGUAAGCAAUUAAUGUGCAAAAUUGUCAUUCAAGACAACCAAGUGUGAAAGUUUGAUCGGUUUUAAGUCAUUCAUAGGUCAUCAUAGGAAGGUUUUUUGCAUUGGGAAAACAUCUCUUUGGGGUAAUUCUAGCAACAAACAUUUGUUUUUGUCAGAAGCCAUUUUUUUGCUUACUGUCUUUUGUUACUGGAAAAAUUACUUAGUAUGUCUGGAAGAAGGGUGUAAUGCCUGACAGCGUUCUUUCCUCCACAGCGCAGUUAUCCAGCUUACAGCCCAGCAAUCAUGUGUAGCUUAGGCUGGUGCCUAUUUAUUUAUGACUUUAAUACCAUUACCAUAGUAAUAUUUUCACUUAAACAGGGAUCCAAACAUGUCCUACUUUCCUAGCAUAAACUUUAUAUGUAAAAAAUAACAAAAAUAAUCCAUCAUGAAAUAAACCAUGAAGAAACU